CUCCUUGCUUCUGGGGUUUUACCUUGCCUAUACAUUCCUUCCCUUUAUUCCCACUCCGAUUCUUUGCGAAAAAUCUUGAAACAAGCUGGAUUAGAUUCUCUCUCGUCAAGUAAAAUGAUGGGCUCUUCUUCAUCUUCUUCUUCCUUAACAUGUAAAAGAUUAACAAUAUUGACAAUAUUAGCAGUUGUAAUGCAAAUUACUGGAUUAUUUCUCUUCGUUAUAGGCUUCUUCCCAGUAAAAACCACUCUCUCAGGGGCCAGUGGUUUGGAGAGUUUUUAUCCACCUGGGUUCGAUUCAAGUGAUGAUAGAAAUGCUAGUACAACUUUACCUCCUCGUCAGCUUAAAUCUCUAUAUCAGCAACUAUCUGGUGUACCGCCUUUGUUUGACCGGCUAAUACUAAUGGUCAUUGAUGGUCUGCCAGCUGAGUUUGUGCUUGGGAAGGAUGGCAAGCCUCCUCCUAAGGUUUAUAUGGAAGCUAUGCCAUAUACACAAUCAUUAUUGGCUAAGGGAAAGGCAAUUGGAUACCAUGCUAGGGCUGCUCCUCCUACCGUGACAAUGCCUCGCUUGAAGGCCAUGGUUUCUGGUGCAAUUGGAGGAUAUCUGGAUGUUGCUCUCAAUUUCAACACACAAGCCUUUCUAGAUGAUAAUCUUAUUGAACAAUUUUCUAGAAUUGGCUGGAAAAUGGUAAUGCUGGGUGAUGACACAUGGCUUAAGCUGUUUCCUGGGAUGUUCACAAGGCAUGACGGUGUUAGCAGUUUCUUUGUUAAAGACACUGUGCAAGUGGAUCACAAUGUUUCUCGCCAUCUGAAUGUUGAGCUCAACAGGACAGACUGGAAUCUUCUGAUUCUUCAUUUUCUUGGUUUGGAUCAUGUUGGACACAUUGGAGGUCGCAAUAGUUUGUUGAUGGGACCAAAACUCAAGGAGAUGGAUGAAGUUAUUAAAAUGAUUGAUUUGACUACUCUAAAAAGUCAAAAAUACAAUCAAGGAAGGACACUUCUGGUGGUUGUAAGUGAUCAUGGCAUGACAGAAAAUGGCAAUCAUGGGGGAUCAUCCUAUGAGGAAAUUGACUCUUUGGCACUCUUUAUUGGGCUGGGAGAAUUUACUAAUUCCUCAACAACCAAUAACAUAGCCAACCAGGUUGACAUUGCUCCAACAUUAGCUCUACUUUAUGGAGUCCCAAUACCAAAGAACAAUGUUGGCAUCGUUAUGGUGGAAGUUUUCAAGUUAUUGACAGAUGAUGAACGGCUGAGGCUAAUGGAGUUAAAUGCCUGGCAGUUGCUCCAAUUACUUCAGGCUCAAUUGCCUGGUUUAGAGUGUGAAAUUUCCAAAUGCAAUGUCCAUAGAGAUGGUAAUGGAUCUGAGAUCAGACAAGACUAUAGCACUGUAGAGGAGAUGUUUUGUUGUCUAUAUUUACAUGCGGCAACUGUCCACAAAUCCAUGAGAUCUGAUUCACCUGGGGGAGAUGAAUACGGUAGUACCUUUUUGGCUUACCGUGAAUUUCUGAAAACAGCAGGCCAAUGGCUAUCUCGCAGAGCAACUGACAGACCUCUCAGUCUACUUGCUUGUGGAUUUGCAGCCAUGCUCGUAUCUUGUUCAAUAAUAAUGGGCCUUCUUUUCUUCCUUAUCCGUGAAACCUAUAUCAAGGAAAGGGAGCUUCAUUCUCACGCGUGGCAGUUGGAUAAGACUUUUACACUGGCUAUAAUUUGUAUCCUUAUGCUAAGUAUGGGAUCUAGUUCGAUGGUAGAAGAAGAACAAUAUAUAUGGCAUUUUCUGACAUCUUCAAUUUUUUUGGUGUUACUCCGAAAAACUCUGCAGUCCAUCACAUUAGGAUUUGGGGUACUGCAAAACUCUUCAACUGUAAUUAAGGAACAAAGGGAAAGAGGUCUUCUUCAAAUUUUUUCUGUUAUUGUAGUUCUUGUUUCUGGAAGAAUUUUAAGAGGCUGGCAUCAAGGUGGUGUCAAUUGGGCUCAUCUUCCUGAUAUGGCAAAAUGGCUUGAGCAGGCAGGAAGUGGUUAUACAAAUGCGCUGCAGCUGACAUCUGGUGUCUUACUUAUCAGUGCAAAUAUUUUUACUCUUCUUUUUUCGUUACGAUCAAAGAGAACUUUUGCUGUGGUGAUACUUAUGAUCAAUUUGUGCCCAUCUUUGAUGAUUGUGUACCUUAUGAUUAUACAUCAAGGUAGCACAUUAGGGACAACUGGUUUUGGUGCCACCAAAAUGGUUCAAAGAUUCUAUGCAAUUUUGGGCAUUUCUACACUUGGGACUGUUGUUUCUGUACCAAUGUUUAUGCUUUUACAGAAUUCUAAUAGCCCAGUAAAUGAUUUCACCUUAUGCCGUGAUAUCUCUUCUGAAUUUAGAAGGAAUCUCUUGCUUCAAGGGAUGAAAGAUUCUACCUUUAUAACUGGCUGGAGUUUCAUAUUCAGCUGGUGUCUUCUGCAGCUGUUGCUGCAACAACCUGUGAAUUCAAUGCCUUUAUUGUUACUAUUCAUUCAAAUCCUUGCUACCAUGUGGUAUUCUUCUGAUGGUGAUGCCCAGUUUAUUGAGGUGGCUGCACUAUACUAUUUGGGAAUGGCGGGCCAUUUUGGUCUUGGUAACACCAACAAUCUCGCUACAAUUGAUGUUGCUGGUGCUUUUACUGGUGUCUCAAGCCAGUCCACCUUACUUUCUGGCAUCUUAAUGUUCAUGAUCACAUAUGCUUCCCCGAUAUUUGCUCUUCUUAGCAUGGUGCUAUAUAUAUCUGUGAAGGACAUAGGUGGUGACAUAGAAGCCAAGGAAGUAGAUAUUGGAGAUCUGCUAAAGAGGAAUCUCAGCUUUCCUUGUCUAGUUCCGCUGGGUAUAAAUUCCAUGUUGCUGAUUGCAUACACCGUCGUCUUGCUACUAAUGAGAAAUCAUCUCUUCAUUUGGAGCGUCUUUUCUCCAAAGUACCUGUAUGUCUGCGCCACUACCAUCUGUAUCUUUCUGGGUGUAUCUAUUGUGGCCUCAGCAGUGGUAUAUUCUUUUGGGGUUCUUGCCUUGCGAAGAAGUUGAAGACACAUGCUGAUUUUGACUUGAAAGAGAGUGUGUUCGGGCAGUAAAUCUAACUUAGGAUGUUCGCCAACAGAUUUUAUCAGAUGGUUAAGAUUUCUUGCUUACUGCUCUCGUGCUAUGAGCAAAUAGAGCAGUGCAUCUAGAAUGCAAUUCUUCAUUUCAUUUGAAAGAUUGAUCAAAUGGCAGUUUUGUAAACAUUAUUUGAUUCUGUAGUCUAGUAAAUUCUGAACAUCAGUGAUUGUAGUAAAUUCGGUGAUUUUUCCUGUGGAGAAAAUAUGAUUACACAAUAAUGGUAUUUUCUCAUUGA